AAAGACGUUUAUGAUUUUUACUUAAUUAGAAGGCGUUUGGCGUUAUACAGGGAAAGCGCAUAAUGGAGCCUAUAACAGUGACUGUUAGUGAUUUUUCCGAGCGGUAUCCUUUAAUUCUGCCAAACUCGAGCUUUAUGGAGGAACCAGCGGGACUUCUGUCCAACUGGAGCGGAGGCAGCGAGCCGAAGGCGGUGAAAGACAGCACUGCGGUCGCUAUCGCUGUGUGCAUCACCGCGCUGUACUCUGUCAUCUGCGUGGUGGGACUGUUUGGAAAUAUUCUGGUUAUGUACGGUGUGGUCAGGUACACAAAGAUGAAGACAGCUACCAACAUUUACAUCUUUAACCUGGCUUUGGCUGAUGCAUUAGCCACCAGUACUUUGCCCUUCCAGAGUGCCAAAUACCUCAUGAGCACCUGGCCAUUUGGGGAGCUCUUGUGUAAAUUGGUCAUUGCUAUUGACUACUACAACAUGUUUACCAGUAUUUUCACUCUGACGAUGAUGAGUGUAGACCGUUACAUUGCUGUGUGCCAUCCAGUGAGAGCCCUGGACUUCCGCACACCAAUCAAAGCAAAGAUCAUCAACAUCUGCAUAUGGAUUCUCUCCUCUGCUGUCGGCUUCCCAGUCAUGGUUAUGGCCGUUACUAGAGUGACACCCACAGGCAAAACAGUCUGCACGUUGAAAUUCCCAGACCCAGAUUGGUACUGGGAUACUGUGACCAAGAUCUGUGUUUUCAUUUUCGCCUUUGUGGUUCCCGUCUUGGUCAUCACCAUCUGUUACGGCCUGAUGAUCCUUCGUCUCAAGAGUGUACGCUUGCUGUCCGGCUCCAAAGAGAAGGACAGGAACCUCCGGCGCAUAACCCGUAUGGUAUUGGUGGUGGUGGCGGCCUUCAUCAUCUGCUGGACCCCCAUCCAUAUCUUCAUCAUCAUCAAAACUGUGGUGGAGAUCGACCAGAAGAAUCUGCUUGUGGUCGCCUGCUGGCAUCUGUGUAUUGCUCUGGGCUACAUGAACAGCAGCCUCAACCCAGUCCUGUAUGCGUUUCUGGAUGAAAACUUCAAGAGGUGCUUCAGAGAAUUCUGCUUGCCCUUUCGUUCCCGCAUGGAGCAGAGCAGCUUUUCCAGAGCCCGUAGUGCCACGAGAGAGCCCAUCUCGGUGUGCGCCAAGUCUGAAUCGAUGAAACAGCCCACAUGACUAGACCUGGAACAGAUGCCUUCUGAUACACAACCAAGGACACAGAAAGAUCUGCAGUCUGAGGACACCCAGAUCUCCACCACUGAGUUUUAAGCUCCUUUAAGGUAAAUACAACUUGACAACAAGCCCAUAUACUGAAGGCAAAAUGCCAUGUUGGUUUGUUAGUCUUUUUUUCUACCUUUCUUAAUUUCACUUUGUGGAAAAGCAAUGGAUGGCUCACUGCAAACUGUUUUCCUAAGGGAGGAAAUGAUAUCAUUUGGACCAAUGUACAGUAAUCAUGCUUUGAAAAAAAAACAUCAAAGAUGUGGCCUUGAAUGGUCAACAGGAAAUCUACAUUCAUGAGUGGUAUAUGACCCAUCAAAAUCGAUUCCCAUACUCAGAUUUUUAAAUGAAAGUCAAUGCAUUUCCUUGGAAAUUGUAGGAACUUGUAACAGAAAUACAAAUGUCCAAACAAUGAACUAAAUACACAAAUUCAACUUCUCAAACAAUAAAAUAAGCUGUAAGAUUUUCAUUUAAAGAGAGAAGCAAUCUUGCUUCACCGAACAAUGAAAAUGUACAGAGGUCUUUUUCCACUCCAUAAUAAAAGGAUUUCAUUAAACCUGAGGAUAAAUAUAUAUGGAGAAAGAGAGAGGUGUCGGAUACAGAGAGAAUGGAGCAACAUUUCAUCUCAAUGUUUGCAGGAUAGAUUUGCAUGAAUGACAGGGCUCCUUCCCUCAAGAUGGCUGUUAAAACACACUGUUAUAUAAACUCUCUACACAUUAUUCAUUUCAUGGUGCUUGAUAAGGUGUCAUUUUGUAAAUUUGUGCUACUAGUGAAGGUGUUUGAUGACCUUUGACUAUGAAGUAUACAGUGUUCAUACUAGGAGCAUACAGUAUGUGUAGAUGAGCUCUGAGACUAUUACAGAGGGGCUUUUAGAUAUUUUCAUCUUAGUUCUUUGUAAUGAAGUAUUUAGUGCAACCAUUCUUGCAUUUCAUUGCCAU